CGGAUAAAGAAGAUGAUGCAGACGGACGACGACGUGGGCAAAAUAUCACAAGCCACGCCCAUUUUGAUUGGCAAGUUGAAACGGCGGCGCGCGAUGGAGCUGUUCCUGGAGAAAUUGUGCCGGCAAGCUAUUUCUAUAGCUCAGAGUCGUCAAGCAAAGACGCUUACACCAAGUCAUUUGAAAGCUGCCGUAAAGGCUGAUACAACUCUAGAUUUCCUGGCGGAGCUCGUGGCGCCAGCACCUGAUCUGCCGGCUGUGGAAGCGGAGAACGGCGAGCCCGCACCGAAACCCAAUAAGCGCCGCAGG